AUGUUGACUUUCUUAUUGUUAUAAAUAGUAAGUUCGAUGCCUAUUUAUGGAAAUUUCUCUUAAUAUUACUAUUAUGUUGAAUUGUAGGACAAAAAAUGGAUUUUAGAUUAAAAUUUUGAUGCUGCAAUAGAAUUUGCAUCUGAUUCUAAGCUCAAAGAAAUAUAUUAAGAAUCACAAAUAGAUCGUGGAAUAUGUAAUCCUAUUAAAUUAGAUAAUUAUACUGUUCAAGCUUAAAGAUUUAUAUUUAUAUAGACUCUAUUUCUAGAUAAAAAUAUUAAAAAUUAAACUAAAGAUGAUAAAUAAUAAAUAAAUGAGGAUUAAUAAACACAAAAUAAUGAGAAUUAAUAAACUUAAGAUGAUAAAUAAUAGUAAAUAAAUGAGAAUUAAUAAACUUAAGAUAAUGAGAAUUAAUAAAUCAAUGAGAAUUAAUAAACUUAAGAUGAUAAAUAAUAAAUCAAUGAGAAUUAAUUAUAAAUUGGAAAUUUUACAAUAAAAAAAACAUGGGCUAGAAACUAUUCUUAACUUUAGGAAAUAAAUAAUUAUUUAGGUCUAAGUAAAAUAGUAAAAAAUUCAUCUAGUGAUCUAAAACUUAAAUUAUGUUUGGCUCAAAAUGGAGGAUAUAUGAAGAUCGGAAAUUUUCCAAAAGGAGAUGAAUAUAUUUAGAUUAAAUAAAAUUGCAUCUAAAAUCUUCAAUGUCUAAUUAACUUACAAUGGAUAGAAAUUAAAUACUCAACAAUGAUGGGACUUAACCUUAUUAAGGCCGAAAUAGAUUUAUCAAGUUCUUAUGUUUAUUUUCCACCAAAUAUAUAUUCAGAAGUUAUGUAGAAAUUAUAUUGUUAAGGAUAUUUUUGCCCUAAAAGGAAUGACAAAAAUGGAUUAGUAUGUUAUGAUAACAAUGAUGAUAAUCUAGAAACAUUUUAUGAUAGAUUUGAAAAGAUUAAAUUUAAGUUUGAGGGAGAAAAUAGUUUCAUUUGGUUUCCAUAAGAUUAUUUAGUAACUAAUGAUGAUAAGACAUUUUGUUUCCCAAUAAAAAGAGAAAGUAUUUAGAUAUAUAUUUUCAUAAGCUUCUUAGAUAAUCUUAGGUUAACCAUUUAUGAGAAAUAAAGAAUUUAUUUUUGGAAAUAAAUCAUUAAUAAUCAAUUAUCAAAAUUGUUCUUUAGAAACAAGCCUUGAUGAAACAACGAAAAAUUUAUUUUAAAUAGAAUAAAAUAAAUUAGAAAGAUUACCCUUAGGAAUAGCAAUACUUAUUUCUACAUUAAUUAUAACUUACAUUCUUUUUAAGAAAAAGUUAAGGAAUACAAAUUAAUAAUUGA